CUUCAACGUUCAUGUUGCAUCAUCUUCUCUCGAGUGGUAAUGCUAUCGACGAGGACUUCAACAUCAAGGCGCGGUCCUGUUCUCGCCAUCUGACGCCGUACAAGAUUCGGCAGUCUUCAAGAUGCCAAUAGACCCGAGCGGCCCAACAGUCAUCGCUACUGAAUGGGCCCUUAUUUCCAUCGCGACUGCAGUAAUUUUAGCACGACUAUACCUCCGACUCAUUCUACAGCAACGAAGUCUACUCGCGAGCGAUGUGUUCAUGUGCGCCGCAUGGGCUUCGGCCGUUGCGACAGCAAGCUUCGAUAUCUACUUCUAUCGCAUAGGCAUUUUUAAACCUGGUACCACGUUCGACCUGGCUGGAUUUGAAGGUACAGCUGAAGAGGCUGAGAGUUUCUACAAGCUCAACUAUUUUGCCAACUACCCAUUCUACAUAACUUUCUACUUAUCUAAGGCAGCUCUACUGGCUGUGUACUUACAGAUUUUCCCCGUCUUUAUGGUAAAGCGACGUCGUUUCCUAUGGGCUGUUAUCGUCUACGUUGCUGUGGGUUUCGUCAUCACAAUCCUACUACUCAGUCUUUCAUGUCUACCUGUAUGGAGAAAUUGGACCUUAUCGGACCAAAGAUGCACCGUUAAAAGCAUCAAAAUCAACUUUGAGAUUUCUUGGGUUUUGAACAUCAGCGGAGACCUCCUGAUCUUCGUUCUUCCAUGGCUAGUUAUCCCGGAGCUUACACUGAGGAGAAGACUUAGAUAUAGUCUUUACGCCACGUUCCUCCUUGGUCUUAUCAAUAUCAUCUUCUGUGUAGUCCGCUUUGCUCAGAUUGAGCAAUAUGGUGGGGACCUGGUCAUUACAAUCAGCCUUGUCGAAUUAUGGAGUUUUAUCGAUGCUUGCAUUGGCCUGAUUAUCGCAUGCCUUCCAUCACUACGACCUUUCUUCAACUGGCGAGAAAAGGUUCAGUACUAUGGCCAGAGCAGCGGUCAAGAUAGUAAGGGAGAAUCAAGUCACAACUCACGGAGACCGAUGAUAUCGUCAGACCCAGAGAUGUUGAGUCAGCCGUCCAACGUUCAUCUAAGUGAAGAUAUGCAACGGAGGUUCUCAGUAGUAUGAAGACGAGGGACGAGAAGGAAACUUGGCCAUUGAGGAAAGAAUGCUUGUAUGAAUUACCAUGAUAUACCCUUCUGUUUAGUUGGUUUUUUCUUAUGCUUCAAGGUUUUGGAACUCUGAGCUGCGGGCGUUCAAGCGACUCAGAAUUUAAAUCUUCUUAUAUCACUCCUACGAGAACCAGUCUGCAAUUCAUCAGGCUGUCAAUAUUGAAUGUCACUAUAUAUUGUCCAAAACAAAUAGAUGUAUG